AAAUGCAAGUUGAAAGUUCAAUUCACAUGGUAGAAACAAAAGGAGAAAAUUGGCAGGGAAACCUAUGUUCUAUUGGACUUGCACUAGGCUGUUGACCUGAAAAACUUUAAUGGAGAUAUCUGUUAUUUUGGUGGUUGGAUUCUGCGUUUUGUUGGUUGACCAUGGAGCCCAAGCCUCCCAUCAAAGUAGCAGAAACCUUCAGGAAACAGACCAGCCAUACAGAACUGGCUAUCACUUUCAACCUCCUAAAAACUGGAUGAAUGAUCCCAAUGGACCAAUGUACUACAAGGGAGUAUACCAUCUGUUUUAUCAGUACAAUCCAGAUGGAGCAGUAUGGGGGAACAUUAUAUGGGCUCAUUCAGUGUCAUAUGAUCUUGUCAAUUGGGUUCAUAUUGAUCAUGCAAUUUAUCCAACGCAGCCUUCUGACAUCAAUGGUUGCUGGUCUGGCUCCACCACAAUCCUUCCUGGGGAAAAACCUGCCAUUCUAUACACUGGAAUCGACACUAAGAAUCAUCAAGUUCAAAACCUGGCAGUGCCUAAGAACCUGUCUGACCCUCUACUGAGGGAAUGGAUAAAAUCACCUUAUAAUCCCCUAAUGACUCCUAUUGAUGGCAUUGAUCCUGAUCUUUAUAGAGACCCAACAACUGCUUGGCAAGGCCCUGACAAGAUUUGGCGAGUUAUCGUUGGAAGUCAGAUUAAUGGUCAUGGAAGAGCAAUUCUAUAUCGAAGCAAAGAUUUUGUUAACUGGACUAGAAUGGACAGCCCACUUCACUCAUCAGGAAAAACUGAGAUGUGGGAGUGCCCGGAUUUCUUUCCUGUCAGUACCAGCAGCACAAACGGAGUUGAUACCUCUUCCCAAGAUAAAUCUACCAAGCAUGUACUUAAAGCAAGCUUCAAUCAUCAUGACUACUACAUAUUGGGAAGUUAUAUGCCUGAAAAUGACAAAUUUUCAGUCGAAACUAACUUCAUGGACAGUGGUGUGGAUCUGCGGUAUGAUUAUGGUAAAUUUUAUGCUUCGAAGACAUUUUUCGACGGAGCAAUGAACAGGAGAAUUUUGUGGGGAUGGAUAAAUGAGUCUGAUAGUGAAUCAGAUGACAUCAAGAAAGGCUGGUCUGGACUUCAGUCAAUUCCUAGAACUGUUCUUCUUAGUAAAAAUGGAAAGCAAUUAGUACAGUGGCCGGUUAAAGAAAUCGAGAAACUACGUUCCAAGAACGUGAGUUUCCAUGAUAAGAAGCUGAAGUCUGGAUCAGUACUUGAAGUUCCUGGUAUAACAGCUUCUCAGGCUGAUGUAGAUGUUUCAUUUGAGUUGCUCAAUUUGGAGGAUGCUGAGAUACUGGACCCAAGCUGGACAGAUGCCCAACUGCUUUGCAGUCAAAAGAAAGCUUCAGUCAGAGGCAAGCUUGGGCCAUUUGGAUUAUUAGCCUUUGCCACCAAGGACUUAAAAGAGCAAACUGCAAUCUACUUCAGAAUAUUUAGAAGCAAUCACAAAUAUAUUGUGCUCAUGUGUAGUGAUCAAAGCAGGUCUUCUGUAAGAGAAGAGCUUGAUAAAACCACGUAUGGAGCUUUCGUAGACAUGGAUCCUCGCCAUGAGAAUAUUACACUGAGAAGCUUGAUUGACCACUCAAUAGUUGAGAGUUUUGGUGGUGAAGGAAGGGCUUGCAUCACUGCUAGGACUUACGCAAAGCUGGCAAUUCACAAGCAAGCAUACCUAUUUGCAUUCAACAAUGGUACUUCAAGUGUCAAAAUCUCAAGGCUUAAUGCCUGGUCCAUGAAGAAUGCUCAAAUUGUUUCUACCACGAAACGAAGGAAGUCACACCUUUAGUUGAAGAGCAAUUGUUGUUAACGAAGCAGAGUUAGAUGAC